AUGGCCAUUUUAUUUACUCAAAUUGUUAGGCCGUCUGACAAUAGAAUAAUUGUAUCUGCUGAAUGUCCUUUGUCAAGGCAUUUUGAGACAGUGCACAGGAAGGUGCUCGAGGACAUGUCAAGUAUCCCUGAUAAGUUCCCAAAUGAAACACAGUUCUGCAGCACAAAGUCUGCAGAGGAGGGCAUAACCAUAUACUUCAAACAGUUCCAAGGCAUUCUGAUACUAAGCGCCGUGGAAAUUGGCCUGUCAAAAACAUCGAUAUCCCUGUUUUUUGAGAGACUGAAGGAUCUCUUUGAAAAGAGCUACGGCAAAAACACACCUAGCGACAUUUCGUACAUUCGGUUUGAAGAGGUCAUUAAAGAAGAAAGCAGAAAGUACAGCAAAGACAAGGGAAUGGAGGAGACUCUUGAGACACUCAAAGAAACAAAGGAAGUGUGCAUCCAGAACUACGCAAAUGUCCUGCAGAGAGGCCACAAGAUAGAGCAGCUGGAGAUACUGGGCCAUAAGCUGCAGAACAUUUCGGAAAAGUUCAGAAAGAAAAGCAGGAAGAUGCACGUUGAGGCAGUGGUCAUGCAGUAUAUAUUCUAUGCAUCCAUUGUUAUUUUCUUUUUCUUUAUUCUCUACUUCUUUGUUAGAUAA